CACAUCCCGUAAUCUCUAAUCCGGCUCAGCCAACAGACUAGAAUGACGAACUUCCUGCCUACAUUAUCUUGUUUUCAGGGGGUUUUUCAGCGUAAUUGCUGAAAGCGAACUACACGAUAACGAAACAUGCCACAGAGACGCCGAGUUCGCGUCACGAAGGAGCCCUAGGCGAAACGGUUUCGUCGUGACAGUCAACGAUGCUCUUUGUACGCUUGUUGUCUUCCUGUGGCCAAGGACGGGGAAUUGGAAAACCACAAAGAGCCUGAGCUGGUGUGUUGAUCGAGCGAAGUGUCACCCGAACUUGAAUAGGAUAUCCCGAGCAUUAAUUCGCCAGCAUUGUCGUAGUUUUAAGGCACGUUCAAUGCAGCGGUCGUCUGUUGACUUCUUCGUCGAGUGGAAGCAGGCAUUCUCCAGUUGCAGUAGGUUCCCUUUACAUUCAUCUCUUCCGGCAAAGUCACCACAGAAGGUGAAUUCAUUUAGUAAACGAACACAAUAGGCUUCAUCCCACUGUGUUUUAACGUUAUUGCUGUUCUUGCGUAGCAAAUGCUUAGGUUAAGGCAACUGCCAUCCUUUUCUUCAUCUUGUCAGGUUGCUGGACAAUCCGCGGAAUAAACAAUGUCUUGAUCUAACUUGUAUAUUUAUUUUCUCUAAAACAGGGAAAUAGGCCCGUUACUGCAAUUAACGAGAAUUUAUGGGAUCACAAGGUAAUUUAGUUUCAAUAAUGUAAUCACUGCAAGCAUCAAGUGACAUUCACGAGCAGGUAGAGCAACACAGAACGAUCCUUUGUUUAUACAGUGAACAUAUUUCGGAGCAGCUGAUGUGAUUCUGCACAGCUGCCUGUUGGUGUUGAACGAGCAGUGCUCAGCACAGCCUAUUCAUGCAAGAAACUUCAUUGUCUAGAAUAUUCCACCCUAUCCGCUGCACAACCACAAAUCGAUUGGAUCGUGAAAGGGUAAAUUAUAUUAUGAUGACUAAACCCCAAUAAUGUAAUCCUUUUUUCAUAAAAGAUUAAGCGCAAGGAGCUGGUAAGAUCUGGCUGAGAAGAAUUUGCAUGCCACCCUGCAGCUCUUGUCAGUCUCUUCUGAUGAGAUGAGCGUGCGAGCGGGGCAGGGCAGUGACGAGGUGCUGGUGUCGCAGGCGGUGUGGGAUUACCUUGCAGCCGCAGGGCGACCCUGGUUGGUCGACUUCGAGGAUAAGCAGGGGCUAAGUGCAGACAUCAUCCGGCGCGGGGAGCGAGGUGGCUGCUGUGCCGUGCGGCUCUCCCCGGUGGAGGGCAGCAGCAGGGCCAGAACUGGAAUGAUGGAGGGGCCGGUUUCUCCUGUUACACGGAAAGCUUUCAUAGACUUAUGCCGCUGUGCCCGAAAAGAAAUGACCAAACAAGAAGCGGCUCCUAAAAGGAAACGUUCCCUAUUGCCGUGCAUGACAGCAAUGGAACCCGACGGGGAAGGCAGCUUGUUGCCUCCGCCUCCCCCUCAACCGCGGCGUUCACAGAGGCAGCAGCAGAAAUACAGGAAAAAUGCAGACAUGGACGCCUGUGUGGUUUUACCCAUGCAACAUGAGGCCGCAGCAAGGACCGGCGCUGAAUUAGCCAUAGCUCAUGAAGAAGAGAGCACCGUUUGCUCUAUCUGCAUGGGCGAAAUGGUGGAAAAGACAACUCUGGACAAGUGCGGCCACUCGUUCUGUCGGUCCUGCUUAGAACAGGCGUUUCAAGUCAAAAAAGCGUGUCCUGUGUGCAGGCUGGUGUAUGGACAGCUUAUCGGUAACCAGCCAGCCAACGGGACCAUGAUGGUUGAAAGAGAUCCAGACCUGGAGUUGCCUGGCCAUGAAGGUUAUGGCUGCAUAUGCAUUAUUUACAGUUUCCCUCCCGGUUUGCAAGCGCAAGAGCAUCCGAACCCUGGGGUGAGGUAUCCAGGCACAGACCGGGUGGCAUACCUGCCAGACAGCCCUGAGGGAAACCGCGUCCUCCGCAUGCUGCGGCGGGCCUUUGAGCAGCGCCUCAUCUUCACCAUAGGCACCUCCAUGACCACCGGCAUGCAUAAUGUCAUUACCUGGAAUGACAUCCACCACAAGACCUCCAUAUGGGGUGGACCACGAUGCUUUGGUUAUCCAGAUCCUACAUACCUUGUUCGGGUGACGGAGGAACUGCGAGAGAAAGGAAUAACAGCUGAUUGAUUUGUGUGGAGCACUUGAGAAGAUUCAAAGGAUGGCAAACGUGCGUGCGCUUGACCACAGUCUCUUCACAAACACGCUGUGUCGAGUCAAGCCACAGUCAUCUGCUGCAGCAUUGUUUUGGUCAGGACGCUGUUUCACAAUGUUUUUUCGUUUUCGGUCUUUAUGUUUAGCUUUGUUCUUUAGUUCACGUAAGUGAAGGCAGUGUGUUUUCUUUGGUACAAACCUGGGGUGCACUUUACUGAGACGGAUUGUUCAAUGUACUCAGCUGAGUUUAAAAUACCCACUGGACUGCUAAUGUGAAUGUCACGAAGGUGUACACAAUUCCUCAUCCACAGUCAAAACCUCCUCUUCCCUGUUCAGGUUGGAAUCGCUAGGCUGUCGGCCUCCUUCUUCUGACUCACUUUCUUCCAUACAAACUGUCCUUUAGAACAGCUGAUGGUAACAUCUGGAUGGAGACAAAUGGCAGAGCACAGUUAAAUGGGUACAGCUGGGACAAUCCCAUGCAACAUUUUUUUUUUUCUAGUAAUCAGCACUAAGAGGCACUUUGCAAUGGAAGUAAUCUUUUUAUUAUGAGAAUUUAAAGUGGAUUCUGCCUGAUCUUCCAAAGUGCAGGAUCUAGAGAGGUUAUUUGUGGGCCUUUCUUAUUAUAAGGUCCUAAUAAAAGAGAUGCAAGUC